AGAUUCCAUGGGUGGACAGAGUAACAAAUGAGGAGGUACUCGGAAGAGCACACGAAAAGAGGAGGAUAUGGAUAGCAUAUUAACAAAGAAGAGACUGAUGGGACACACGUUGAGACACGAAGGGAUGCUGAAGACCAUAAUUGAGGGGAUGAUAGAAGGAAAGAAUUAUAGGGGAAGACCUAGACUAGGGUAUGCCUGACAGAUCAUGCAAGAUGUGGGUUGUAGCAGCUACAGAGAAAUGAAAAGGGGAGAGAGGAAUGGAGAGCUGCGACAAACCAAUCUAAGGAUUGAUGACGAAUAGGAAGUCCUAGAAUGGGGCUAUGCCACUGGCUUGAUCUUGGCCACAUAUUAGACACUUUGGGGCACUUUCCAUUUUUAAGUAUCGGCACCAAUUGAAUAGUGUCUGACUUUUAGCAAAAAUAAUUGCAUUAGCAGUUGGGGUAGCAAUCUAUUGGCUGCAUGUGCUCUCUAUAUUAUGGUAGGUGAUGAUUGAAUGAACAUCUCCUGGAUAGUUCAUGUCAUGAUUAAACUGCUGAAACAGACUUUAUGAUGUUUCGAACCACACAGCAUCUGUUGCAGAGAGUGUCCUCUCAGCUACGAACUAAGACCAGAGUAAAAUCUCAUCAAACACUACAGAAAUUAGAUGGUGGGAGAUUUGCACCUUUCUGCAGUUUGCCAGUUUCAAAACCUGAAGGGCACCUCACAUGUACCCUAAUCCCUGGAGAUGGAGUUGGCCCAGAAUUGAUGCAUUCUGUGCAAGAUGUCUUCAAAGCUGCUGGAGUGCCAUUAGAUUUUGAGGAGUACUUCCUGAGUGAAGUCCACCACCAUGCAGUCAGUACAGACCUAGAUGUUGUAGCAGAAUCCAUUCGCAAAAAUGGGAUCUGUCUCAAAGGCACUUUGACCAUUCCAGACUUCUCACCUACUGGGGAAUUAGGAUCCUUGACAAUGGCAUUAAGGAGGAAACUGGAUUUAUUUGCCAAUGUUGUUCAUGUGAAAAGCCUGGCAGGAGUUGAAACUCGCCAUAGGAAUAUUGACUUCAUCAUCAUCAGAGAAGUCACAGAAGGAGAAUAUUCCUCCCUUGAACAUGAAAGUGUCAAGGGAGUUGUAGAAUCCUUGAAGAUUGUGACUAGAGCUAAGUCACUGCGAAUUGCCAAAUUUGCCUUUGACUAUGCAGUGAAGUAUGGAAGGAAGAAGGUAACUGCAGUACAUAAGGCAAACAUCAUGAAGCUGGGUGAUGGACUCUUCCUCAAAUGUUGUCAAGAGGUAUCUGAAUACUAUCCAAGGAUUCAAUUUGACUCACUCAUCAUUGACAAUUGCACGAUGCAGUUGGUGUCCAACCCUCAUCAAUUUGAUGUGCUGGUGAUGCCAAAUCUCUAUGGUAACAUUGUAGAUUCCCUGGCUGCAGGUCUUAUUGGAGGACCUAGUGUCUGCUCUGGAGCCACUUUCUCCCCUGACUGUGUUGUUUUUGAACCUGGCACCCGACAUACAUUCUUUGAGGAAGUUGGGAGAGGAAUGUCAAAUCCAACAGUCAUGUUCCUUGCUGCUACACACAUGCUGGCUCAUGUUCAUCUGGAUUACCACGCCAUGAUCAUCCAGCGUGCUGUUGAGAAGGUCAUCAAGCUUGGCAAGGUGAGAACAAGAGAUUUAGGAGGGUAUGCAAGCACAAGAGAUUUCACAGCUGCUGUCAUCAAUCAGCUAGGCCGGUGAACAUUUAUUUAUUCCUGUGUGAGUAGUUUCACUGGUGUUUGCUCUCUAAAUACCCUUCAUAUGUGCAAUAUAUUGUGUCCCUGUUUGGAAAAAUCCCCAAUAAAAAAG